UCCCAUGAGCCCUCGGGCGGGGCCGGGGACAACAAACGGCAUCUGGUUUGGGGGGCGGAUGCGGUGGCAUUGGGGUUGGGGUAACCAUGGCUCUGAGCGCCUGGCGGAGGGUUCCCGUGCGCGGCAGCGGCGGUUCGGGCUCCCGCACCCCUGCGCGCGGGCGGCUUCUCUGGCUACUUUUGGCAGUUGGCGCUUGUGGCUGGGCGGGUGCCCAGGACGGUGGCGGAACCAGAGUCGUUGGGGCCAUGGAGGAGGAGAUCGUGUCCGAGAAGCAGGCGGAGGCGAGCCACCGGCAAGACAGCGCCAACCUGCUCAUCUUCAUCUUGCUCCUCACCCUCACAAUCCUCACCAUAUGGCUCUUCAAGCACCGACGGGCCCGUUUCCUGCACGAGACUGGCCUGGCCAUGAUCUACGGACUUUUGGUGGGCUUGGUGCUUCGCUAUGGUGUUCACGUUCCCAGUGAUGUUAAUAAUGUGACAUUAAGCUGUCAAAUGCAGACUAGUCCGGCUACCUUAUUAGUGAAUGUUAGUGGAAAAUUUUAUGAAUAUACACUGAAAGGAGAGAUCAGUUCACAUGAACUCAAUAAUGUUCAAGAUAACGAAAUGCUUAGGAAGGUAACUUUUGAUCCCGAAGUAUUUUUCAAUAUAUUACUUCCUCCAAUUAUAUUUUAUGCAGGAUACAGUCUGAAACGGAGACACUUCUUCCGAAACCUUGGAUCGAUCCUAGCAUAUGCUUUUCUUGGGACAGCCAUUUCUUGUUUUGUGAUCGGGUCAAUUAUGUAUGGCUGUGUAACCCUGAUGAAAGUAACAGGACAGCUUGGUGGCGACUUCUACUUCACUGACUGCUUGUUAUUUGGUGCCAUUGUGUCAGCAACUGAUCCAGUGACUGUUCUCGCCAUAUUCCACGAACUUCAAGUUGAUGUUGAACUCUAUGCGCUUCUUUUCGGGGAGAGUGUCCUUAACGAUGCUGUUGCUAUAGUGCUGUCUUCUUCCAUCGUGGCAUACCAGCCAGCUGGAGACAAUAGCCACACAUUUGACGUGACAGCCAUGUUUAAGUCUAUUGGAAUCUUCCUGGGGAUAUUCAGUGGUUCUUUUGCCAUGGGAGCUGCCACCGGAGUGGUCACAGCCUUAGUGACGAAGUUCACAAAACUCCGAGAGUUUCACUUGCUGGAAACGGGCCUGUUCUUCUUGAUGUCCUGGAGUACUUUCCUUCUGGCCGAAGCAUGGGGUUUUACUGGUGUAGUCGCUGUCUUGUUUUGUGGCAUCACACAAGCACACUACACAUACAAUAACUUGUCGCCUGAUUCUCAGCAUAGAACAAAGCAGUUGUUUGAGCUUCUCAAUUUCUUGGCGGAAAAUUUUAUCUUCUCGUACAUGGGACUGACGCUCUUCACUUUCCAGAACCACGUCUUUAACCCGACCUUUGUGGUGGGUGCUUUUCUUGCCAUUUUCUUGGGAAGAGCUGCCAAUAUUUAUCCCUUGUCCUUUUUACUCAAUUUGGGUAGAAGAAAUAAGAUUGGAUCCAAUUUCCAACAUAUGAUGAUGUUUGCUGGGCUUCGUGGCGCAAUGGCCUUUGCCUUGGCCAUUCGAGACACUGCCACCUAUGCCAGGCAGAUGAUGUUCAGCACGACCCUCCUGAUUGUGUUUUUUACCGUGUGGGUGUUUGGUGGGGGCACCACAGCCAUGUUGUCUUGUUUGAACAUCCGUGUUGGAGUUGAUUCAGACCAGGACCAUCUGGGCUUCCCAGAGAGUGAAAGGAGGAACACCAAAGCCGAGAGUGCGUGGCUCUUCAGGAUGUGGUACAACUUUGACCAUAACUAUCUGAAGCCUCUCCUGACCCACAGCGGACCCCCUCUUACUUCGACACUCCCUAGUUUCUGCGGACCCCUGGCGAGAUGUCUGACGAGCCCCCAAGCUUAUGAAAAUCAGGAACAACUGAAAGAUGAUGAUUCUGACCUUAUCUUGAACGAUGGUGACAUUAGCUUGACAUACGGUGAUUCUACUGUUAGCACUGACUCCAUGGCAGCCAGCGCUCCUAGGAGGCUUAUGGGAAAUACCUCUGAAGAUGUCCUGGAUCGAGAGCUGGCAUUUGGAGACCACGAACUUGUGAUUCGGGGAACCCGCCUGGUUCUUCCCAUGGAUGAUUCUGAGCCCCCAUUAAAUAUGUUAGAUACUACAAGGCAUGGGCCAGCUUAACAUGUCUGUUGUUCACUAACCUGACUGUAAAAUUUGCAUACGCAAUUGUGAAGAAAUGUGUACUACCUACCAAGCCCAAUGCAUGUAUCUGACCGUUUCAGCUGUAUAAAUCCCAUUUAUAUAGCAUAGCAAGAAUAUAUGUAUUUUGUACAGAAAAAUUGAAAACAAGCAGUUCUUUGAUUUAAAAAAAUUCCCGUUACCUGCACUUUGUGGAGUGGCGUUGUUUCCAGCCCCCUGCCUAGUGAUAGCGUGGGUCCUGCCACCUUUCUCAACUCAGUACAAAAAGAGGCCGAGUUACUUAUUCUUCUAGUUACUUGACACUUUAUCAAAAUACCAAAUUAUCAGGGUGUAGGUUUAGUUUCAGAUGGGAGGGGAGAGUGAUCUUUUUUCCAGAGGAGUCCAAUGGCAGAGUCUAGUUCAGAUAUGGGAUUUCCAUGACGUUCCAUGUGGCCUGUUCUGGCCCAGAGCAUGAUGGCAGAACUGUGCUGGCUGGCUUCAGCUCUGGUCAUACUUCUUCAACUGGAGGAGAGGAGCAUCACGUGUUUCCUUGGGCCAGGAAGUACCAGACCGGUGAUAAGCAUGGGUGCUAGUGAGUACCCUUUGUGAAGUCACUUGGAGGAAGGGUCUUGGAAAUCAUAUUUGAAAAUUCCUCCUGGUCAGUAAGGAUCUUGGAGGGUGUUAUACUUUAUUGUACUGAAAGGUCUUUACGGCAGAACACAUCCCCCUGGUGGAGGGGGUGCUCGUAAUGGAGUGGGGAUUUCAGAGGCCUCUCAAAAUACCCAAAUAUUCUGCCUCCAAUCCAAUUACCUUUAGAUGCUAAAUUGCUGCUUAAGUUUUGGUCAUGGAUGUGAUGCAGAAAGCCAGCUUGGUGGUUGUGUGGCCCUUUCUCUUUCAGGCAUUAUUUAAGCCGCUUUUCUCGUUCUCGCUGUAAACAGUAGACAUAGCACCCUGAAACUGACUGCAUCCCAGCGUCAUUUGUGUAAUACUGUAGCUGAUAAGAACAAUUAAUUUAUAGCUCUAUUAUCACCCUUGUGCCCGCUCCCAGCAUCCUACGGAAAGGAAAGGAAAUGAAGUGAGACCCGGCUUGUUGGGCAAACUGGAACUUGGCUUCCCCAAACUGAUUGCAAGCUGAAAGGGAGAAGAAUGUUUGUUGCCUUUUCAGUAGUUAAGUCUUUGCACUUUGAGAACUCCUUAGCAUGCUUUGUGGCUAGUUGUCUUUGUUUGUCUAUUUCUUUUGAAUAUGAAAUACUUGAGCUGCCAUGUGUAUUUUCAAGUUUUUGGUUUUUUCUGAGGAUGAGCCCUGAACAAAUGUAUAAUUUCCCAUUUAUGAUGGAAAUUAUUCGAGGUGCGGUGAAUACUGAGGAGAACUCUUAUUUCCUUUUUUCAAAUGCAAACACUGACUGCUUAUGUGUUUGGUUGUGGGGGGGGGGUUGGCAUCUGAGUAGCAUUGCCUUAAAUUGUUUUCCCCUGGGCUAGGACUGAUCUCUUUGGUGUUCUGGUGUCCCCUAGCUGGGUUGCCCCCUCGAAAAUCCCCUUUGUCUUUUUGUGUAGUACAGGUUUGCACUAGUAAUGGCAGUUGUAGCUUGUGACGUAGCCUUCUGUACCUUCGUGCUAGUGACCUUCCUGCCGUGAGGGAAUUCUCUGAUGUUUUCAAUUCUUCUGAUGUAUGCUGCUUCGUGUAGUCAAAGAUUUUGUCCUUGUGUGUUUGGAGGUGCUAUAUCACUUCCCCAUACUAUUAUACAUGUUUCAAAAGGAUAUUCAAUAAAGAUCUGCCAGUUUUUUAUGCUGUCAGGUGGCUGAGUUCAGUUUCCGAAAAUUGUUAGAAUGACAUCACUCAACUGUAUCCUGCCUGGUUUUUGGGGGGAAGGAGGGACACUGAGAUUCAUUGAAUGAAUUUUUAGUUGGGCAGCCUGUAUCGAGGGGGAGGAAUGAAGCCUGCUAUUCCAGGGUUACCCUGUGGACGGUUUGACUGUACACCAGCCCCACCUAAGCUUAAGAGGGGACAGGAUGGAUGGCCUCUUCCAAAACUGGGAGAAGGAUGAGAGCAGAAUGGAGAUGUUGGACUUCCCUUUGCAGUAGUCUGACCAUAUGCUUUUAGACUGUCCUCUCUGCUGAACGAGGGACACAUUUCCCUUUCAGAAAGGACUGUUUAAGAGCCAUUGGGAUUCUUACGUGCCCAAGGGGUGGGAGGGUGAUUGCUUCUUGAUAUUCCUACUCCUUUAAUUUUUCCUCCGAGAACUUGUGUUGUAAGUGUUCUAAGAGCUUCUCUUAGAAAAGGCUGUUAUUUAAGGUGGGGGGGAAGCCUUGCAAAACCAUUUUGUUGUAGGGAGACGGAACAAGCACUACCUUCCUUUUAAAUUUUCUGCCCUUCUUUCUUUUUGUACCUUUGGGAAGAGGGGUGAUUAAGCCGACAAAAACAAGAAGAUGAAACUCAUGAACCGGCAAAUGUCUGAUAUGUAUUUGUACAUCAGGGAGUGUCUGCUUCUGCACACAGUGGAGCUGUUUAAGAAAUAGGACUUGAAGCAAUUGAUGGAUUGGUUUGGGGGGCUAGCUCAGCCUGCUGAAAAGAACUGCAAACACUCUGAUUUUAAUUUCAGGAGAAAUGAAAUUCUGUACUCAGGCAGGUACAAAAGGGACUCUUUUAAAGCAUGACUGAGAUAACAAAUAUAUUUCUCUUUUUGCAUAUAUAAAAAUGUUGGUAUGAUUAAAAUUUUAGUAGCGUGUUUGUCUAGUCCAAUAGAAACUUGUAAACUAUGGUGUGGUUUGUGGUGUUUUCCAUUGUUGCAACUGUGUUCACAUUGACUAUUUCAUUGCACUGUGAAAGGACUCUCGGCCUUGAAUAACAAACUCAUUUCUUGAAUAAAGCCUGUAUCGUUUGCUGAUUAAUCCAAAAUAAAAGCCUGAAACUGA